UAAACUCUGACCCGGAAGCACUUUGAUCAGCUCCAAACAAGAAGAUGUUCAGUUAGCCGGUGUGUUGACGCUAACCGAAUCGGGAAGUUGCAAUAUUAUUCUGACAACUGGACUUGACAGAAAAUAUGCGAAGUAUCAGUAGUUUGCACUGGACGGUUACCGUUUCCGGGUUUCUUUUUCAUUAAUAUCGAAAGGCAUAUACAUACUGACGCUAGUUAGCUUAGCUUUGACUGCGUUACCGAGGCCAGUGAGCGACACACUGACCAGUUAUAAAGUGGAUGUUUAGCACCAGACCGGGUUGGUACCAAAAGUGGGUCGUGACGUGUAUUGAAUUAACCACCAAAAAACUAAUGUUCUUGAACUUUACCGUCACGAGCAAAGGUCCGUGCUAAAAGCGCAGGUGGAGGUUUGGUUUGAUGGUAUAGCUUAGCAGUAGGUUAGCCGAAAAGAAAAGUGCAGUCAUGGACGAUUUUAGCUCCAUCAGCCUGCUGUCCCUUGCGAUGCUGGUGGGAUGUUAUGUGGCCGGGACGAUACCUUUAGCGGUUAACUUCUCAGAGGAGAAGUUGAAGCUGAUCACUGUGCUGGGAGCAGGGCUGCUCUGUGGGACUGCACUUGCCGUGAUCAUCCCAGAAGGGGUCCACGCACUUUACGAAGAAAUCCUUGAAGCAGGUGGACACCACAGUCAUGGCCAGUCUGCAGUUGCAGAAGCUUCCGAGGGAAAGGGUGAAGCAGAGGCAGCUCUUAGUGCUAGUGGGAAGCAUGAGCACAAUCAAGAGCAGCUCCAUGCCUACAUUGGAGUGUCUCUGGUUCUAGGCUUUGUCUUUAUGCUACUGGUGGACCAGAUAGGUAGUUCUCAUGUUCACAACACUGAAGAUCCAGAGGCAGCAAGAGUUGCUUCCUCCAAAAUCACCACCACCCUGGGGCUUGUGGUCCAUGCUGCAGCUGAUGGUGUUGCAUUGGGUGCUGCUGCCUCAACCUCUCAGACCAGCGUUCAGCUCAUUGUCUUUGUAGCCAUCAUGCUGCAUAAGGCGCCAGCAGCAUUUGGUCUUGUAUCCUUCCUAAUGCAUGCCGGUCUCGAGAGAAAUCGUAUCCGCAAACAUCUCUUGGCCUUUGCCCUGGCAGCGCCAGUCCUCGCCAUGCUCACAUUUUUAGGUCUCAGUCAGAGCAGCAAAGAAGCACUGUCAGACGUCAACGCCACAGGUGUCGCCAUGCUUUUCUCUGCUGGCACUUUCCUCUACGUGGCAACGGUCCACGUUCUGCCUGAGGUGGGGGGCGGCGGUCACAGCCACGCUCCCGCAGGAGGAAACGGAGGGAAGGGACUGAGCAAGGUGGAGGUGGUAGCUCUGGUGCUGGGUUGCCUCAUUCCGCUGGUGCUGUCCAUCGGUCACCAUCAUUAGACCCACAGCUCAUGAUGGAUUUUAGCUGGGUGUACAGGAGGAAGAAGCUGAAACAAAGACUUCAAUCACGGUGGAUUCAGAUGUCUUAUUGCUUGGUGUCUGUUAAUGGACCUUGUGCAGGGACUUCUUAUGACUUGAAAAUGAACUCGAAGCAGGGAACGAGUGAAAAUCAGAGUUGCUCCAGUGACAACCAGUGCACAUGAUGACAUUUUAUCUAAUGACACUGACAACAAAGUAUAAUGCAUCUACUGUAUGUAUGCAUUAAUUCCACCAGAAAUCAUUUUUUUCCAAGACGCCAGAGGUGGAUCUUUUAGAUGAGUUCAUUUAGGUCACUGUGGAUUUUUCAGUGUUGCGUUAUAGUGCUCGUCCAAGUCAAAAAAAGCCCUGAUUUCAUUAGAGACCUUUUACUAGAUGGCAGUUGCACAGUGAGAUUUAGUCUUGAUUAAACUUGUGAUAUCUCAAAAGCAGUGAAACUCACUUUUUUAAAAAUAAUUGUAUAGAGUGUAGAUAAAUUAGCAACAAUACUGAUGGAUUGGAUCUGAUUAAGUGCCAUAUUAGCAAGCCUGAAACAGAUCUCUGAAGAGGAUUGCCCCCAAACAACACUGGCUUGUACAAGAUGUUUUCUUCUUGCCACAGGAGGUCAUGCUUUCACAGUAGAUCAGACAGAUUAACCAGCAAGAUGCUUGUAACAGUUUUUCCGUGACUAGUGAGUUUGUCUAGCAAGUGGAGAGUCCAGCACCGCUAGAGAAAUCAGUUGUAACAAGCUCUUUCUUUAUGCGACACAGUUUCCUUUAAAUCCUGCAUAACGACAAACACAGCUAGACUCCCAUCUGAACAUCGACUGUCACUUUUCUUUAAAAUUUCUUUAGUUUAUAUUUAAACUUGGGAUAAGUCUGUGUUGUAGAGUGUUUUCAGGUGGUGGAGGGAUUUGUCUUGCUCGAGGGCAUUCAUUGGGUAAAACAGACCUGUUACAGAUUGUUUGAGGAGAAUUAUGAACAACUGUUUCAUUUUAUUUGGGUUAACUCUCUAUUAAGUAAUUAUACUUAUAGCAAUAAUCACCAAAAAGUAAAACUGAGGCCAGGUCACUUCUUUGCCAGCAGUGCAGCCAAGUCUGAAAUGUGUACAGAGGGUUUGUCUUGAUCAUAAAGGUGCUCGUUAUGUUAUUCAAGCACCAAGAUCGGAAAGUUAGAGGGUCCCAAAUGCUGCUCUGCCUCAGUUACUUCUCUGCUCCAGCACCAUUAAAAUGUAAGUAGGCUGAUUUUGGAUAUCCUUUGUAUCACUGUGCCUGCUCACAGCAGAGCUCGCGUGUUUGUAUAUGUAUGUAUACUGUACAAAGCAACUUCUUCCCAAUCAUCGGCAUUUCUUGUGUGAGACAGAACUGCUUACUCUCAAUUACAGUUUCUUUCUUUUCUGUGUUGAACUUUUGGACAUCGACGAACUCGUCUUCGCAGUACCAACUCAACAAGCUACAGACUGACUUGAGGAGUCUUUGAUUUAUGUGUAAAUUUAAGGCUUUUACACACGACCUGUGAAUUAAUUCUAACUUGUAUGAGAAGAAGCACGCCGUGUUGUUUUAGGCUUUGUUUUUGUUUGUUUUGUUUUUUGAGUGACUGUGACAGAAGGUGGGGUGAAAUUGCAUGCAGACCAGAAGCUGCAUGACUGUUUUGUUUUUUUCUGGGAAACUGUUUGUGCGUACUAAAGGGAACUGGGAACCGUCCCCCUCCACUGUGAUGCUUGACAACUUGGCACACUAGUAGGCAGCCUCAUUAUGUACCAUUAUAUCUCUGUAACUUGAGUUACUACGGCAAUCUACAGCUUUUUUUUUAUCCCUUACAGAAAACCUUAAAACUUAAUGUGGGGUCUGGUUUGUGGCUUGAUUAAAUUUAAUUAACAUUGCAGGGAAAAAAGCUUUAUGAUGGUUAAAUAGCCUCUUUAAAGUUUGGAGACUAGAGUUGGCUGCAAGAUAUCUCUUUAUAACUUCUUAUUCAGAAUGUAGUUUGUUCACACAUGAUCCCAUCAGUUUCAAAAGUAUAAAAAAAAUUAUUAUUUUUUAAAUUAAUAUUUCAACUCGAGGCUUCAUCAUCUUUUCCAGCCAAAAUACUGGGGUUUAAUUGGCUGAAGGCACAUCCCCUUCAGAUUUAAAAUGAUCUAAAUGCAUUUCAUGAUUAAAGAUAAAGGCUCAUAUUGGGGCUGAUUAUCUCAAUCAAGGGGGGUGGGGAUAUCAGGCUGAUAGUUGUAUAGUUAAUUUCGGUGGAGGUCGGUGUGAAUCUGUUUUCUCUUCUUUUCCUAUCAUUCCUAAAGGGGUCUGCCUUAUUUCCAUACUUUGAUUGUAAAAAUCAGUUGUAAAGGAGCGUGUUUUAUGAUGACUAAAUUAAAGUUUUUUUAAUUGGU